AUGUUGCUGGAAGAGGUUCCGGUGGCUGUCGAUUCCUUCCAUCAUGACCAGUGCCAGGCAUUCUUCUGCAGCCAUGCCCACGACGACCAUCUCAAGGGGUUAAGCGGAAGUUGGCGCCGCGGCCAUAUAUACACGUCUCAGAUCACCGCGCGGCUACUUCGAAGGCGAUGGCCGCCGCUGCAGCCUUUCCUGAGGCCUUUGGAGGUGGGGCCCGUACACCGCAUUCUUCUAGGAGGUGCUGGAGGGCUCGAGAUUGAGGUGUGCCUCGUGGAUGCCAACCACAUACCCGGGUCUGUGAUGUUCGUGUUCUCAGGUUUUUUCGGCACCAUCCUCUAUACCGGCGAUUUUCGCUUUCAUGAGGACCAUGCGCAUCUGAGUGUUCUUCCCCUCUUCACUCGGCCCAAUGCAGAACUCUCGCGUAUUUUCCUUGACAACACCUUCUGCCAUCCACAGUUCCGACAUGCUUCGCGGGCCGAAGUGUCCAGGGCAAUUACAAAGCGCUUGAUAAGCAAGUGGCCCUGUAUAGCCUUCGUGGCUGUCUAUAAAAUGGGUAAAGAGUCCCUACUCGCUGAGUUGGCACGGCGAUUGAAGACCAUGGUUCUGCUACCGAAAGAGCGCCUGAUGGUGACCAAGGACCUUGAGAUCGGCUGCCCCUUUCAGGAGCAGCCUUGCAACCCCCAGAGCGCGCCGGCCGAUGAGCUUCGCCGCCGCAGUCUGCAGGGCUGUAUCUGGGCAGUCUCCCGCAGAAACUUAAGAAAAAGCCUGUGGCAAGCUGCUGAAUCUGGUGCUGCGGCGCAUGCAAUAGAUCCAUCUGGUUGGGCGGAGCUAUCUCGCAAGGAGUAUGUGCCUUGCUUCGAGGAUUGUCACACGGUCAGCGGGCAAGAAGUUCCAGUUUUCGUCAGUGAUGAUGGGGUUUCUCACUAUCCGUAUUCGGACCACAGCUCCUUCCUGGAACUGGUUCAGUUCCUCUCCUGUUUGCCAGCCGCGCCAGUAACCUUCAUUGAAUCUCUGCCAGUACCUGGUCCCUUCGGGUAUGAUGGUGAGGUCGGCAUGAACAGGCUCCUACACGAAGCUGGUGUGCCUUCGAUCAGAUACAGCCAGCAAGGCCGGAUGAGAAAGGUGGACAGAAAGAGGACGGCGGCUUGGACUUGCAGCAUGGAGCUUGCCAUUUGUCCGGCUCCAUAA